AUGGCGGCCGUGAGCAGAUACAGCUCCUACAAUUGCUUGACUGGAUGGGACAGUUACGACAAGAUACCGAGAGUGCGCGUCGAGUACUAUGUAAAUGAGAACACCUUCAAGGAGCGGCUUCAGCUCUACUUCAUCAAGAACCAACGUUCGAGCCUUCGGAUUAGAAUUGCGAACUUGGUCUUCAAGCUGCUGGCCUGCGUUCUCUACAUAUUCCGCGUCUGCUCGGACGGCGAUCCCAUCUCCGCUUCAUGUUAUGGCUGUAAGCCUGGGAAUAAGACCGAGUUCGAAUACUCGGCCAAUCUGACCGAAGAGGAGUUCCAGGAGCACCCGAUCAUAAACUGGGACGGCAUACUAUGGGUGCAUCGCCCCUUGUACCUUUGGGUGGUUCAAGUAGUGCUGGCGAUGAUAUCUUUUGCUGAAGCCAUCCUCCUCGUCUACUUAGGCUACAAAGGAAAUAUUUGGCAACAGAUACUAUCGUUCCACUUCAUCCUGGAAAUGGUGAAUACGAUACCGUUUGCUCUAACGCUACCGUUCCCCCCUCUUCGGAAUCUGUUCAUCCCGGUAUUUCUGAACUGCUGGUUGGCGAAGAGGUCCCUCGAGAAUAUGUUUAAUGACCUGCAUCGUGCCAUGCAGAAGUCGCAGUCAGCACUCUCCCAGCAGCUGAUGAUUUUGUGCGUUACUCUUCUGUGUCUCGUGUUCACCAGCGUUUGUGGCAUCCAACAUUUCCAACGCGCCGGCCACCGCCAUCUGAACCUGUUCCAAGCCACUUACUUCGUCGUGGUCACCUUCUCCACCGUUGGCUACGGAGACUUCGUUCCAGACAUUUGGCCGUCGCAGCUCUACAUGGUCAUCAUGAUUGGAGUAGCUCUGGUCGUCCUUCCGACGCAGUUCGAACAACUGGCAUUCACGUGGAUGGAGAGGCAGAAGCUUGGCGGAUCUUACUCAUCGCACCGAGCCCAGUCCGAGAAGCACGUGGUGGUCUGCUCGACGACCCUGCACGCAGACACGAUCAUGGACUUCCUGAACGAGUUCUACGCCCAUCCACUUCUCCAGGACUACUACGUAGUGCUGCUUUCUCCCAUGGAACUUGACACCACCAUGCGCAUGAUCCUCCAAGUGCCGAUUUGGGCUCAACGCGUCAUUUACAUCCAAGGCUCUUGCUUAAAAGAUACUGACCUCAUCCGGGCGAGAAUGAACGAAGCUGAGGCUUGCUUUGUAUUGGCCGCACGAAACUAUGCCGACAAGACAGCUGCCGAUGAGCACACCAUUUUGAGAUCGUGGGCCGUGAAGGACUUCGCGCCGGACGUGCCGCAGUACGUGCAGAUUUUCCGCCCCGAGAACAAGCUCCACGUGAAAUUCGCCGAGUUCGUGGUGUGCGAGGACGAGUUCAAAUACGCACUGCUGGCGAACAACUGCACCUGCCCGGGCGCCUCCACCCUUGUCACGCUGCUGCUGCACACCAGCCGUGGACAGGAAGGCCAACAGUCGCCCGAGGAGUGGCAUCGCCUUUACGGCAAGUGCUCCGGGAACGAGAUCUACCACAUCGUUCUUGGCGACAGCCGCUUCUUCGGUGAAUACGAGGGCAAGAGUUUCACGUACGCCAGCUUCCAUUCCCACAGGAAGUACGGGGUUGCGCUGGUCGGCGUUCGCCCCGCGGAACUGCCGGAGUUCUACGAGGACACCAUCCUACUGAACCCGGGCCCGCGGCACAUCAUGAAAAGCAGUGACACUUGCUAUUACAUGAGCAUCACUAAAGAGGAGAACUCGGCAUUCGUAAUGUCCGACAAGCAGGAGAUGAAGCCGAUCAUGCCCAAAGAUCAGACGACAUGUAGCCUCCUAUCUAACGAGAGGAAACCCGCUGAUCCCGAGGAGGGAACUAGCCAGCAGCGGAGACGAGACGGUAGUAGUGUGCUUCAGUACGAACUGCCACAAGUGAUUCUCGAAGCCCCCCCGAGCGCGACACCAAUAGCAUCGCCAUCUCGCAUCAAUCCAGCUAAUACCGUAUCAUCCGCUAAUUUUACUGUCGCUAGCUUGAGACAUGGCGAGGGACCAUCGACUUCGGAGUCACGUAACUUCUUGAAAGAGUCCCCGGCCACCGACAGCGCGAGCGAUAGUCAUUUGCUGUUGCCGCGACCCGAAAACAGCAACUUCCUGAGUCCAGAUACAGUCAAUUACCGUAGAGACAUGGACGCGGGCAGCCGGCGGCCGUCGAUCCUGCCGGUGCCGGACAUGGUGACGUCGAGCCUGAACAUCGUGUCCGACAACCAGGACGAGGAGGCGGCCGUGGACGAGAGCGAGGACGAGCUGGAGGACAACGUGCCCUGGCGCUCGCCCUCGGAGAAGAUCGCAAUGUACAGAGAGUGCGCUUGCGACUGUGUUCAUUGUGUGUCGUACACCGUCGGGCGUAUGUCCCAACCGGGCGCGCCGUUCCCCGCCCGCAGCGAUGACGUCAGCAGCAGCCACUCCUCGAUGGGCGGCAGCGACGUGCGCAGCGCGUGGCUUAACGACUUCUCGAGAAUCGUAAAGGGUUUCCCGCCCGUGUCACCGUUCAUCGGGGUUAGUCCCACUUUGUGCUACCUCCUAAAAGAGAAGAAGCCGUUGUGCUGCCUGCAGUUGGCACAAGUGUGCGAGCAUUGCGCUUACCGUAACGCCAAAGAGUACCAGUGGCAAAACAAGACGAUUAUCUUGGCGGCCGACUACGCUUCCAACGGGAUCUACAACUUUAUAAUUCCGCUGCGAGCACAUUUCAGGUCUAAGACUUCUUUGAAUCCAAUCAUAUUACUGCUGGAACGUCGACCGGACAUUGCGUUCCUAGACGCCAUUUCCUACUUUCCUCUCGUGUAUUGGAUGCUUGGCACCAUCGAUUGCCUGGACGAUCUCCUACGCGCCGGAAUAACUCUAGCUGAAAAUGUUGUGGUUGUCAACAAGGAGUUGUCCAACUCGGCCGAAGAAGACAGCCUCGCUGAUUGCAAUACGAUCGUUGCGGUCCAAACUAUGUUCAAGUUCUUCCCAUCUAUAAAGUCUAUUACGGAACUGUCUCAGUCCUCGAACAUGCGCUUCAUGCAAUUCCGUGCCCAUGACAAAUAUGCUCUGCAUCUGUCCAAAAUGGAAAAGCGCGAGAAGGAGCGAGGCUCCCACAUCUCCUACAUGUUUCGGCUGCCGUUUGCUGCGGGUUCAGUAUUUUCCGCAUCCAUGCUCGACACGUUGCUCUAUCAAGCUUUUGUGAAGGACUAUGUAAUCACAUUUGUCCGGCUGCUUUUGGGCGUUGAUCAAGCACCGGGAUCCGGAUUCCUAACCUCGAUGAAAAUAUCGAAGGAAGACAUGUGGAUCCGUACAUACGGGCGUCUGUACCAAAAGUUGUGUUCGACAACUUGCGAAAUCCCCAUUGGGAUCUAUCGUACCCAGGACACAAGCCUGGCCGACCCCGCGCACCACGUGAGUAUGUCGCCAGGGGCCCCGUCAAGGUGGUUUUGGUCACGCUUCGCGAGAAUGCGACCAUCGCGCACAUCGGAGGCGAGUGAGGGGGGCACGGAGGGGCGCGGGGAGUCGACCGGUUGUCUUGGCGGUUGUUAUGGAGAGCGCACCCCCGCGUACUCAGCGAGUUUGGCCGACGAGGCUAGAGACAAUCAUAUCCAACAAAUCGAAAGGGCUGAAAUCGCAAAUCUAGUCCGCUCCCGAAUGGAAUCCCUCAACCUUACUGGAGUAGAUUACGACGAUGUCAGCGAGAAGAGGAACAGCUUGUCUUACGUCAUCAUAAAUCCAAGCUGCGACCUAAAUCUGCAAGAGGGGGAUAUAAUAUACCUGGUCCGCCCCUCGCCGUUCUCGGCCCAAAAGACCUUCGAGAGGCACAACAGCCGUCGCAAGUCCAACAUCAGCUUCUGCUCGCAAGCCCUGGUCCAGGCCCAGGGGGCCGUAAGCCGUAGGGGCUCUUCCAUCGGGGGAGGCUACCAGCAACAGCGCCCCCCGCUCUCCACGACCAAGGCCAACUCGCUGUCGCUGCCUGACAGUCCGACAAUCCUCACGGACUUCCGCGGCCGCUCCAACUCGCUGCGCGUCGACGACGUCUCGCUCCGUCGCUCGAACUCCCUCCGCCAGGGGCUGGGUGGCGGGGGCCGCCGCCGCAAGAGCAGCCUCGAGGAGAUCGGCAUAUCGCACUUCAACUCGCUGCUCCAACACCAGCAACAGCAGCAGCAACAGGAUGCGGCCGCCAUCAAGCUCGCCCUGAACGGCAGCAUUGGCUUGGAGGUGACGCCACCGGAGGAGUACCCCGGCGACCGCAUGCUGGCCGCCGGCCCGAGCGGCUUCAUCCCCCUCGGCGGCUAUCAGGACGUGGCUGCGGCCCUGCCCUCCACUUCGAUGACUCCAACAUUGCCGCCGCCGUCCCCAGACACCCAGCACUUGCAGGGCACCAUCGUA